AUGUACACGGCCGGCCUGGCCCCUUUCUACGCCUCGAACUUCAGCCUGUGGUCCGCGGCGUAUUGCUCCGCGUCCGGGCCGGGCGCGGGCGGCUGCUUCCCGCUGGAUCACGCCGUGGUGAAGAAGCCUUCCUUCUGCAUCGCAGAUAUCCUGCACGCCGGGGCGGGGGAGGUGGCGGCGGCCGAGAGCCUGCCCGGAGCGUCUGCCGCCGGCCUGGCCGCUCACUUAGGAGCGGUCCAUCCCCACGCUCCGUUCCACCCCGCUGGCUCCCCGCUCAGACCCACCCCGGUGGUGGCCCCGGACACCCCCGCCGGUUUCCCAGCUAGGCUCUCCCCGCUCUCUGCCGCGUACCCUCACCACCACCACCACCAGCACCGAUCGCCGGGAGCCGCCAGCAGCGGCGGCGGCACCCCCACCCCGGGCCGGCUGCAUGGGAACCCAACGCACAACGGCCCGGCGCCGGCUCCUUCCAGCAAAGAUCUGAAAUUUGGGAUUGAUCGCAUUUUGUCCGCGGAGUUUGACCCCAAAGUCAAGGAAAGCAACACGCUAAGAGAUCUGACCUCCUUAUUAACUACAAGCCGCCAAACUGGGGUUCAUCUCCCCACCUUGCAGCCUUCAGCCGGCCAGUUCUUCGCGUCUCUAGAUCCCAUUAACGAGGCCUCUACUAUUCUGGGUCCCUUAAACACAAACUCAAGGAAUUCAGUUCAGCACCAGUUUCAAGACACUUUUCCAGGUCCUUAUGCAGUUUUAACUAAAGACACAUUGCCUCAAACGUACAAAAGAAAACGUUCCUGGUCCAGAGCUGUGUUUUCCAAUCUACAGAGGAAAGGUUUAGAGAAAAGAUUUGAAAUUCAGAAAUAUGUCACGAAACCGGACAGAAAACAACUUGCAGCGAUGCUGGGACUGACUGAUGCCCAAGUGAAGGUCUGGUUCCAGAACAGGCGCAUGAAAUGGAGACACUCCAAGGAAGCCCAGGCCCAGAAGGAGAAGGAGAAAGAACCUGCCGAGAAGCCCGGCUCGCUGCCCGCCGCCGAGGGGGAGCGGGAGCAGAGCCCCAGCCGCUCGGAAGCGGAGAGCGAGAGCAGCGACUCGGAGUCUCUGGAUAUGACCCCCAGUGACACGGAACGGACUGAGGGCGCCGAUCCGGCCCUGCACCAAACCAGUGUCAUCAAGUCCUCAGGCAGCCCGGACCUGCCUGCAGCACCGCCCCCGCCAGCCGGCUCCGAGAGCCCCGAGCCGCCGCCUGCGCAGCUGGGCGGCCUAUAG